AUGGUGGAACGUUUCCGCCGACAGCUCAAAGUUGCCCUGCGAGCCGCACAGAGCCCAACCAACUGGUCUGACAACCUACUCCUAGCGCUUCUUGGCAUUCGCUCGGCAUUGAAAUCGGAUCUGGACCGCAGUACGGCCGAAUUGGUGCUUGGCAUUACACUCCGGCUACCA